AUGUAUUUUCUUUUCGUUCUAAUAAUAACAAGCUGUUUAGCUAAAUCCGAUUCCUCACGAAUUCUUCAUAGUGUAUUUUCUGAUUCUAAUACAACACAAGUUUAUUAUGGAUCAAUCAAUUAUGAUACAGAACAAUAUAAUAUUUUCAAUUCAUUAAAUAUAAAUGAUGUUGGCAAUCCUAAACGUAUAAAAUAUUCUGUUUUACCAUUGACAUAUGAUCCAAAUGAUGAUGUUAUUUACAUGGCAGCACCAGAUAAUGAUAAUAGACCGAUUUUAAGUGUUAUUAAUGCUACAACUGGACAUUUACUAUCAACAUUUAAAUCAAUAUCAAAUACAAUUAUUUCUCUUCAAUUUGAUAUAUUUCAAAAACAAUUAUUCGCACAUAUUGAAAGUGAAAAAGAAAAUGUUACACUAUUGACAGAAAUCGAUACAACUAAUGGAAAUAUAAAACACGUUUUAGCCACAAUUCGAGAUAGUAAACCAACUUAUAUGUCAAGUUAUUGUCCAAUUUGUCGAAAAUAUUUUCUCAUGAUGAUUGAAGAUGAACAUUUUGUCUAUGCUGGUGUAAAUACAAGUAAUUCAGGUGGUCUAGAUUGGAAAGCAAAACUUAAUUAUUCACCUACUGGAAUGAAAUUUGAUUAUAAAACAUUUACAAUGUAUACAACAUAUGUAAAUACAAGUAUCAGAUAUGUUUCAUCAAUUGGAAUUUUAGAUCGAACGAAGGGUGGAAUUAGUAAAAAUGUUGGAAUCAUUUCUGAAAGUCCAGAUGUUGGAGUUACGUCAUUUUCAGCAUUUGAUAUUGCAGAAAAGAUAUAUUAUGCAUCAAUUACAUUAGAUUCAGUUUUUCCGAAUGGGAUUUCUUAUGUCAAUGUAGACAAUUCACAAGGAGACCUAAAUUUUUUCCCCAAUACAAAAUAUAAUUCACAUGCCUGGUUUAUAAAACAAUUCGUUCAUUAA